AUGCCUAUCCAAAGGGAAUUGGAAAUCCACCAGUCACCAUCCAUUUGCACCGGUGAUUGGACCCUGAGGGCCGACGAUCGUCCACUUCAGGACGGGCCGGGCAUCGGGCACACUCGUCAGUCUUCGCCCCAUCCUGGCCAUGAAGAAGCGAUGGACACGGAAGACCAGCAACUCCCGUCCAGUCCAGGCUUGACUGGCGGUGUAACGUUAGAGGACGACCUCGAUUCGACAGCUUCGGGAAUGCCCUCCUUCAUGGCCGUUUCUCAGUAUCCAAAUGCGGCAAGCAGUGAGCCAAAUUUUCUGUCGGUGUCUGAGGUUGUCAAUGCGGUCAUCGAACGAGAGGACAUUUUUCACCCCCAUGCGCGCAACGAGGCUGCCCCAGGACUGUCCUCAUCAUCACCACCAACUGAGUUAUAUAUAUCAGACUCGGAGAUGACAGAUGUGGUGUCCGAUUUUGGAGGUGUGCCCUUAGGAUCGUAUGGCACGCAUACGGCAAUCGGGGAUCUGGUUCAUCACUUGAUCGACAACGCCACAGUGGGGCAAACAAUCUCGACUAUACCAGAGGGUAGUGAAGACGAACGUGUUGAUUUGUUCGUGGAUUAUGAACCCCCCCUACCGGAACAGCAACCGAAUAUUUCGCAAGCGCGAGAUGAUGAUCUUGACGAUACACAGAGACCCUAUUCGGAUGAUGACAACAGUGGUGAAUAUGGGGAGGAAUAUGUCAAUUACUCUCCGACUGGUCACACUCACGAACAUAUACCUGAUAUCGAUUUUGAUGAUUUCUAUCGCGGCCUAGAUCGGGAUUAUGACUCGCAGCCUACCGAUGAUUCUACCGGCUCAGGCCACGUCGAUCACAGCUCCCUCUCAGACGAAGAAGAUGCAGCAGGCGAUCCUCACCUCGCUGCAUCUGCUGUACAAGGGACAAUUCAUGAGAGGAACUUCAAUAUCGACCAGUUUAUUUCACAAUGGGUCCAUUCUUCUAUCGCUUCGAUACCAAGCUUUCCGCUUGUCUCGGCGCCAUUGCCCCCUUGCCCUCUCGCCAACAUUCUUGGUUGGACCCCCGCGCAAAAAAUUAUACGGCCAAGCAGCUAUUCUGGAGACUUCUUUGACCUCCAACAGAUUCCAUGGUGGGAGGCCCUACGGGUGAAGCGAUCGGAUGCACGGCGCCUGCGCGAUUUUUGGUAUACGUCCUAUCACAAUCUGGAAUCUUCCAAUCAGCCUGGCAUCAAGCUUCCACAGGAAGAAUUCUACUUUCGAGAGAAAUCUAUGUACACCAGGUGCAAGGCCACAAUCGAGCACUUUCAGCUUCGCAAUUUGAUGUCGGUCGCUGCUUACAAUACUGUACACUUCGCUCGGGAAUCCAAAAUGUAUUCGUGGAUCCCGCCAUACGAUGACCUAAGAUGCCUGAUCGAUCUGGCUAAGCCGGCGGUCGAGCUUGGCUUCCAGGGACCCGUCAAAAUCUCAUCCAUGAAAUCUGCGCAAGAUGUGGUCAUCGCGGGAGGAUUUCUGGGAGAAUAUGCCUUGCGAGCGGCGGGCGCAGAGGGGAGCGGAGCAGAAGGAUUUGUAACUAGGGAUCUUAAUGGGAUCACGAACCACAUAGAUGUCGUCCCAAGUCGUACAAACCGAACACCGAUGGGGAUUUUUGCGUCCAAUGACCGGCAUCUGCGGGUGCUUGACUGCGAGACCAACACCUUCGUUGCCGACCACGAACUCUCGCGUGCCAUUAAUUGUACAGCCACAUCUCCUGACGGACGCCUACGAGUUGUCAUUGGCGACUCGCCCGACGCUUGGAUUAUCGAGGCAGAUUCCGGGCGGCCAGUUCACCCGCUUCGGGGCCACCGGGAUUUUGGGUUUGCGUGCGCGUGGUCACCGGACAUGCGCCAUAUUGCCACCAGCAACCAGGACAAAACGGCUAUCAUCUGGGAUGCACGCACCUGGAAGGCUUUGGAGAAGAUCGAGUCCGAUGUCGCAGGGUAUCGGUCUCUCCACUAUUCGCCGGUGGGUGGGGGGCCGCGAACGUUAUUGCUAUGCGAACCAGCCGACCGCAUCUCCAUUGUCAACGCACAGACGUACCAGACCCGCCAGGUACAUGAUUUCUUCGGUGAGAUCGGAGGGGCAGACUAUUCGGCGGACGGCAGUACGAUCUGGGUGGCCAAUGCAGACGAGCACUUUGGCGGUUUCAUGCAGUUUGAGCGACGCCAAUGGGGGCAGCCGUACGGGAUACGGGAGCUGCCCAACGAAUGGGUACGAGAGUCAGAGCUCGACGAGGAUGAUCGAUGCGCACUAAGCGAACGUGAGCGGCAGCUGCGAUUCUGGUGGAAUUUGAGCGACUACGAGCAUGAGGCAUUAUUGCUGUAG